AUGGACGCAGAGAUGGCUUCCUGGAAGUCCACAGGCACCUACGUUGACGAGGUUCCCCCACCUGGGGCGAACAUUGUCAGUGGCAUGUGGAUUUUCAGGGUGAAGCGGCCGCCGGGUUCUCCGCCUGUCUUCAAGGCGCGUUACGUGGCUCGAGGCUUCAGUCAGCGAGAGGGAGUUGACUUCUUCCAGACCUUCUCCCCCACCCCGAAGAUGACCACUCUUCGGGUGCUGCUGCAUGUUGCUGCUCACCGUGACUACGAGCUUCACUCUCUUGACUUCAGCACAACUUUCUUGCAGGGCAGCCUGCACGAGGAGAUCUGGCUGCGCCGCCCCCCGGGCUUCACUGGGUCGUUCCCUCCUGGCACCCAGUGGAGCCUCCGACGGCCGGUCUACGGUCUCCGCCAGGCGCCACGUGAGUGGCACGACACACUGAGGACUACGCUUGCGGCUCUUGGGUUCGCGCCUUCUACUGCUGACCCGUCGCUGUUUCUGCGCACCGACACUUCACUGCCGCCGUUCUACAUCCUCGUGUACGUCGACGACUUGGUUUUUGCCACUGCUGACACUGAGGCUCUCGCCCACGUGAAGUCGGAGCUGCAGAAGAGACACACGUGCACAGACUUGGGCGAGCUGCGCAGCUACCUUGGCUUGCAGAUCACCUGGGACAGAGCACGCCGCACCAUCACCUUGACUCAGUCACACAUGGUGCAGCAGGUCCUUCAGCGCUUCGGCUUCACCUGGUCUUCAGCACAGGCCACUCCUCUGGCUACAGGUCACACGCUCUCAGCUCCACCUUCGAACGAGUCCGUAGAGCCGAGUGGUCCUUACUCAGAGCUAGUCGGCUGCCUCAUGUACCUGAUGACUUGCACUCGACCUGACCUCGCGUACCCUCUUGGUCUUCUGGCUCGCUACGUGGCUCCUGGUCGGCACCGACCUGAGCACAUGGCUGCUGCUAAGAGGGUACUGCGCUACUUGUGCAGCACAUCAGGCAUGGGGCUAGUGCUUGGAGGGACGAGCCCAGUUGUCCUCACUGGGCACUCAGACGCUUCUUGGGUUGACGACCAGGCUACUCAGCGGUCGUCACAGGGUUACACCUUCAGCCUUGGCUCUGGUUCAGUUUCGUGGCGUUCUACACGCUCGUCUUCAGUUCUCAGCUCCAGUUGUGAGGCUGAGAUCUACGCCACAGCCAUGGCUGCACAGGAGUUACGCUGGCUCACCUACCUGCUGACUGACUUGGGAGAGCAGCCUCGUUCUCCUCCAGUGCUGUACGUCGACAACAAGGCCGCCAUUGCCUUGUGUGAGGAGCACAGACUGGAGCACAGAACGAAGCACAUUGCUCUGCGUUACUUCCUGGCUCGAGAGUUGCAGCAGCGAGGCCAGCUUCGUCUUCGUCACGUGGCCACUCGGGCCAACACUGCUGAUAUAUUCACCAAGGCACUUCCGUCUGGUGAUCAUCAGCGCUUUUGUACCCUGUUAGGCCUUGUGCCUACGUUUCCACACUUGCUGUGGUCUCUGCUUGUACUGUGA